UCCGGCCUCACGCCGUACGGGGGGAGAAUCCGGGACCAUGCAGAAGGAAGGAGAAUGGCGGAUUCAGAAGCUUUUGAUGGAUCCCUUUUGCCGCGUUCGUCUUUAGCUAGCCCGCAUUUGAUGCGCGCUGCAUCGAUUCUUCCUCUGCAGUAUCGGUUUAAUCGCCAGGAAACCAGAAGGAACACAUGAACGUUGCUCUAUAUUUUUCUGGGCUUUGCUUUUGUUCGGUUUCCGUCGGCUUCAAUCCCUAGACAUGGCGCUCGAAUCUUCGAUUUGUAGUCGGCACGCGUUUUUCUCCGGCGCGAAGUCGCCGUUUUUGGUGGUCUGCGGCGACCGACGGAGGAGAUUGCCCGUGAGAUUUCUCCCGAGAGAUUACCGGCAUUCGUAUCGGUUCGCGGUGAGCUGUGCUGGCCCGAGCACGUCCGCGGGCUGUUACGAUGCCGGGUUCCAAAAUAAUUUGGUUCUUCGCAAUGAAGUUCCGUUGAGAUCGGUACUAGUCAGGAGUAGCGAGAAUUUGUCGAAUUAUUCCGUGAGUAAUCCGGAUGCUGUUGAAGUUGUGAUGAGGCGCGGGGUUGUUUUGGUGGCGAUGAUUUGUGGGGUUUUGUUUUUGGGGUGUAAAAGAGUGUUUGCAGUGGAGAGUGCGGUGAAUGCAGGUUAUGGAGUUAUUGGGCAGACCAUAUUGUUGCUGAGAAAUGCUUGGCCUAAGGUUUCUCAAGUUCUUAUAGUAUUUAAAGAGCAAGGGUUGGUGUUGGCAUUGCUUUUUGCGCUCUCAGCUUUCUUCUCCAUGGCGGAGACCUCAAUCACCACGCUUUGGCCUUGGAAGGUGCGUGAACUGGCUGAAAAAGAGCCUGAAAAUGGUGUCUUCAGAAUGCUUCGAAGUGAUGUGACAAGAUUCUUGACCACGAUACUUAUUGGCACAACAGUGGUCAACAUUGGAGCUACUGCAUUAGUAACAGAAGCUGCCACGGCGAUGUUUGGUGAAGCUGGUGUUAGUGCAGCAACUGGAGUAAUGACUGUUGCCGUCUUGCUUCUUACUGAAAUCACUCCCAAGAGUAUAGCAGUUCAUAAUGCUACAGAGGUUGCUAGAUUUGUGGUCAGACCAGUUGCAUGGCUCUCCUUGAUAUUAUACCCCGUAGGAAGGAUAGUCACCUAUUUGUCAAUGGGGAUGCUAAAAAUGCUUGGUUUGAAAGGAAGGAGUGAGCCAUAUGUUACUGAAGAAGAGUUGAAAUUGAUGUUGCGGGGUGCCAUACUGAGCGGUGCUAUUGAGGAGGAAGAACAGGAUAUGAUUGAAAAUGUUUUGGAGAUUAAAGAUACCCACGUGAGAGAGGUGAUGACACCUCUUGUAGAUGUAGUUGCGAUUGAUGCGAGUGCGACUCUUAUUGAUUUUCACCGCUUGUGGGUGACUCAUCAAUAUUCAAGGGUGCCCGUUUUUGAGCAGCGCGUUGACAAUAUAGUGGGAAUUGCAUACGCAAUGGAUCUGCUAGAUUGUGUCCAAAAGGGUGAACUGUUAGAAAGUUCUACUGUGGGAGAGAUGGCUCACAAACCUGCCUAUUUUGUGCCUGACUCAAUGUCAGUUUGGAAUCUUCUUAGAGAGUUCCGCAUAAGAAAGGUUCACAUGGCUGUCGUCCUCAAUGAAUAUGGCGGAACUGUGGGAAUAGCUACCCUAGAAGACGUUGUGGAGGAAAUUGUCGGCGAAAUUUUUGAUGAAAAUGAUUCAAAAGAAGAGAUCCAGAAGAAAACUGGCUACAUUGUAAUGCGAGCAGAGGGAGUAUAUGACGUGGAUGCCAACACAUCAAUUGAUCAACUCUCUGAAGACCUAAAUAUCAAAAUGCCUGAGGGCCAUCAAUACGAGACUGUGUCUGGCUUUAUAUGUGAAGCAUUUGGAUAUAUACCUCGGACAGGUGAGACGAUCAAAGUGGUUCUUGAGAAGGAAAACCGAGAAGAGGAGGAUGAGUAUGUGGAAACUGAAUCUGACCGAAAGGAUCAAAAGGAGAAGGAAAAACAUCAAUUUUUCAAACUCGAGAUACUAGAAGGAAAUGCAAGAAAGGUUAGCGCUGUCAGAUUCGAACGAAUUGACUGCGAUGAUGCAGCAGCCCUAGAGACCAAAGUGACUCGCUUGGUUCCUAAAAUCAUGAAGAGAAAGUGGAGCAGCCAUGCGGAAUCAGACUCGGACAAAAGUGAUGAGGACGCGUUACCGCCCGAGAGUGGUCUCUCCGAUGCUCCUUUGAGGGUUCACAAUGGAAGCGACGACACUGUCAGCGAACAAUAACACCUCGCAUUGCUUUCCCCCAUUUGUUCUUCUUGUUUGCAAGUCCUUGAAAAAGGGGCAGAAGAGAAGUGAAUGUACGAUUGAUUCUUUAUCUGUAAAGUUCUUUUUCACAGAUGAAGAAGAGUGUCAAUAUCUGAAUUUUCUGGGGAUCAUCAUCUAAUGAUUGUAAUUUUUGGGGAGUUCUAGGGGGAAAAAAGGAAUUUUGGCUAAUAAACCCAUGAGAGGACAUGGAUUCUAAAUUUUAUUUUUAGAUUGUUUUUGCUAAACUAAUGUUGCAGCAUUCAACAUUCUGUUUACGGAUA